UCCAUGUUUAAUCGCUAUCGAUAGUCGUGUGUUUUUUUCUGCGCCCGCUUCUGCGAGGUCUAUUGCUUGGUGCCUUCGUGAGUCCAUCGAGCUGGGAUGUUGUGAGAAAUUUGCCGCGGUUGGCUAGACAUCGACUGCACAGUGUAGGACUCGUCAGACGCUCGCAUGUUAUCUCAUCCGAGCGAGGAUCGGGGCGGAGCUCGCAACGGGGAGGCCAUGGAGAACACCAGCCGAGAGUCGUGCGAGGGCGAGCAACCGCCGAGUACCAACGGGGAAGUGGCCAAAGAGGAAGUCGGCGACGAGCACCUUAACAGUGCAUCAGACAAAAGCAGCAAAACAAUAUGUGGCCAAGAUGCAGAAGGGGACAACGACUUAAAAGGCCUUCCUAUGUCAAAGCUUCAGGACAUCAAGAAGGCAAUGGAAAUGCUUAACUUGAAUGUGCUGCAUGAUGGGCCCGCAAAGACACCCGAAGAAGCUCUGCACAAGCACUACCAGUUCUGGAGUACCCAGCCUGUGCCCAGGAUAGAUGAAAAGUUAAGUGCCACCGAUGUCAAUGAGCCAAUUGAGUGCAGCAAACCACUUGAAGAAAUCCGAGAUCAGCCGUACUCCUUGCCACCCGACUUCACCUGGGACACUCUGGACAUCAACAACCCAACCAUACUCAAAGAACUGUAUCAGCUACUGAACGAGAACUAUGUAGAAGACGACGACAACAUGUUCCGCUUUGACUAUGCCCCUGAAUUUCUCAAAUGGGCCUUACAGCCCCCCGGCUGGACUGCUGAUUGGCAUUGUGGUGUGCGUGUUGUCAAGAGCAACAAGCUUGUGGGUUUCAUCAGUGCUGUGCCAGCCACAAUACGCAUCUACAACCAUAAACAGCGCAUGGCUGAGGUGAACUUCCUGUGUGUGCACAAAAAGCUGCGUUCCAAGCGGGUGGCACCUGUCCUGAUCCGGGAGAUCACCAGGCGUGUCAACCGUCGCGGCAUCUUCCAGGCUGUCUACACAGCUGGUGUUGUUCUGCCGAAACCCAUUGGAACUUGCAGGUACUGGCAUCGAUCACUCAACCCGCGCAAGCUAAUAGACGUCCGUUUCUCUCACUUGAGCCGCAACAUGACAAUGCAGCGUACACUGAAGCUCUACCGGCUGCCUGAAAAGCCAAAGACGCCAGGAUUUAGACAAUUCCGAAAGUCGGACACGGCACAAGCACAUGCUUUGCUGGAAAACUACCUGGAGAAGUUCGACCUUGCCCCUGUGUUCACCAAGGAGGAAUUCAGGCACUGGUUCCUGCCACGUCCUGACAUAGUGGACAGCUAUGUUGUAGAGGGGGAGAACCAGACGCUAACGGACUUUGUGAGUUUCUACUCUCUACCAUCCACGGUGAUGCACCAUGCUGUACAUAAGGUGCUGCGGGCAGCCUAUGCUUUCUACAGUGUAGCCACCUCUGUUCCCCUGGUGGACCUCAUGCAGGAUGCCCUAGUCAUCACCAAGAAUAAUGGCUAUGAUGUUUUCAAUGCCCUGGACUUAAUGGACAACAAGGAGUUCCUGGAGAAGCUAAAGUUUGGCAUUGGAGAUGGGAACCUGCAGUACUACCUGUACAACUGGAGGUGCCCUGAGAUGGCUCCCAACAAGAUCGGGCUUGUUCUGCAAUGACCAUGUGGAGGCUAGCGCCGAGGGCACGGCAAAUGCAAAUACCCAUGCGCAUACACUGACUGCUGUGAUAGCCACGCCAUGUCUUGUUGCAACUGUCUCAUUUGGCCAACACCUGACUCAGUUGCCUUAUCACAGCCUGCACUUCCUCCCCUUUGGAAUUGAGUUGAGGGGACUGCAUCUGGAAGUGACACCGAAGGGAAGAUGGUUGCCUGCACAUGCCAAGCUCUCAAGCGAACAUCCCCUUGCUUUCUUUAUGCACUUUGUUUAGUCACCCAUAGUGAAAUGGCUUGUGUGAAUUAUUUCCCUCUGCUCUUAUGACUCGUUGGUGCUUUUCUCUUCUGCACUUACUCAUACACUCAGUGAGGUUUGGACCACAUCAUUUUGUUCUGUUUCAGCUGCUUUGGAAAGAUGCAAUCGUCCAUGUUGUGAACGACUACGACCAUGAUUCUUUGUGGUGGUGCCACCUGCGAGAACAGUGAAGGACACUGGUGGCUCCAGCAGCAUGCUCUGUUGUAAUGCCUCCCUGAUGUCAGGUGUUGUCUGUGGGACAUUCACGAAUGUUACCUAUGGUGACAUUGGCUCUGAGCCCUUGUGGCUCAGUGUUUUACAGAUGUGAGCCUCGAACAAGAGUUCAGAAAGGGCCGCUCUCUUGUGCUCUGUGAAACUUCCACUCUCGUCUUGCAAUAGUGGUCACUGCUUUCACUGCAAUCCUCAUUUGAUGAGCAGGUCAUGUAAGACGACCCAUGUCCUAAUGGCAGGCUGCACAUUCUUUUUGUAACACUUUUUUUAAAUGAAAUCUGGUUGCAUGGCAGUAAAUAAAUCCCUCUUCUUAGUCUACAUUAAAUUGCAGUCACUGCAAAACAUUGCUUUUUGAAAUUUUCUCAAGGGCACCAGUCUGUGUUUGAGGCAAUUUGAUGUUUUGUUUUUGCAUCCCAGAUGUCCCCACAGCCAGUCCUUUGUGAUGUCACAUUCUGAGUUUUUUUUUUUAUGGGUUGUACAUUUGUUAAAGGUAAGCAUGUGCCGAUGAAGUUAUCACUUGUUAGUUUAGAAGGCACUGUGUUACUGUCACCAUGUUUUCUUGCUCGUCUGAGUGAUAGCACCCAGUGCAUAAAUGUGCUACUAUUUGGUUGUCCAUGGAAGCACAGUCUAAGACAUUGUACGGGGCCGAGAAAGUGAAGAAAGCUUUUUAUCUUGAAGAGCACUUGUCGCAUCUUCCACCUAUAGGUGCUUGCAACAAUCUAUACACAACUUUGGUACUGACUGCAACACCUAAUUGGAGGCGACAGCUAAGCAGAUAUCAAUAAAACCACCUGUGAACUUGCAA